GGAGCAAAGAGCACAGCAGACUAGCUUUUUCAAAUAAAUGGAUUACUCAGAGGAAGAAGACUACUAUUAUCAUGACAAUAUCAGUCUGAACUUCUCUUAUGACGACUACUCCAUCCUCUGUGAAAAGGGCGAUGUCCGCUCUUUUGCCGCCAUCUUCCUCCCUAUAGUUUAUACGGUGUGUUUGGUGGUUGGCUUGGCGGGAAAUGCCUUGGUGGUGGUGGUGUAUGCCUACCACAAACGCCUGAAGACCAUGACUGACACUUUUCUAACCCACCUGGCCGUGGCUGACCUCCUCCUCCUCCUCACACUGCCUUUCUGGGCCGCCGACGCCGUGAGGGGCUGGGAACUGGGGGAGCCUCUGUGUAAGAUUGUGUCUGCCUGCUACACGGUCAACUUCACCUGCAGCAUGCUGCUGCUAGCAUGCAUCAGCUUAGAUCGCUAUUUAGCCUUGGCGAGAGCCCAAGCCGGAGACCGAGGAGGACGCCUGCUGAGGGUGUUCACCAGGAGACACAGUGUGAAGGUGUGUUUGGUUGUCUGGACCACGGCGUUCCUCCUGGGCCUUCCUGAGCUUGCAUUCUCCGAAGUGAGGGUGAUCACCAACAGGAGUCUCUGUCUGGCCAUCUACCCCUUACACAUGGCCCAGGAGGUCAAAGCCUGCCUGGAGGUGGCAGAGGUGGCAUUUGGCUUCCUGGUUCCUUUACUGGUUAUGAUAUUCUGUUAUUGGAGGGUGGGCAAUGCACUACGGGGUCUCCCUGCAGAGAGCCGGGGGAGGAAGUGCAAGGCUCUGCGGGUUUUGUUGAUAGUAGUCUGGGUAUUUGUGAUCACCCAGCUUCCCUAUAGCAUAUUAAAGGUCUACCGGGCUAUGGACUCCGUCUAUUCCCUGGUGAUCCACUGUGGUGUGAGUAAAGCGUUGGACCACGCAGCUCAGGUCACCGAGAGCAUAGCGCUCACCCACUGUUGCCUCAACCCGAUCCUCUACGCCUUUGUGGGCUCCUCCUUCCGGCAACAUGCGAUGAAAGUGGCCAAGGUGUUUGGUGAAAGGAGGAGGAGGAGGGCUAGACAGGGACGGACGACCCAAAGAGAGGAAACACAAAUGAAUGAGAUGACUUUUAAUUCUCACACUGCAUCCCAAGAGACUGACACUUUCUCCAUCUGAAACGCAGCGGGUCCCUUUACAUCUCACGACGUCUGAAAUGGGCGGUGUUUGCCGUAUGCAGCGGCAGAUAUGUGAGGCAAGAGCAACAGGCCCAUUUGUGUUAUCGAUCUCGCUGCAAAGAAUUCUAUCCAUCUCCCCGACUCACAUAAACACACCAAUCUCCCGAUGUUAAAAAACAGAUUUGGUAUGACACCAAGUGUUCCUCCCUUUUCAGCCAAGGAAAGCAGUGUUUACAUGUCCCCUCCUUUCCUUUCUGGCAACACAGGGAGGGUAAUUUUUCUGCAGUAAGAAAGAAAAAGGAACAGAAAAAAAAUUUUCUGGUGGAAAGAGAAAUGCUGCUCACAUUUCAUUGUAAAGCUCUCCAGCAUGUGCGUUUUGUUCAGACAAGUAACAUUAACUAGACCACUCACACAUAUACGGUACACAAAUACAAUUCAUGAU